AUGCUGCCAGAUCAUUUGUCACCCCUCUCAGGAGACAUUAAACUCUCUGUCCUGGCCUUAGUUGUCCUUGUGGUCCUGGCUCAGACUGCCCCAGAUGGAUGGAUCAGAAGGUGCUAUUAUGGAACUGGCAGAUGCAGGAAAUCAUGCAAAGAAAUUGAGAGGAAGAAAGAAAAAUGUGGGGAAAAACAUAUUUGCUGUGUCCCAAAGGAUAAACUAUUACACAUUCACGACCAAAAAGAGACAAGUGAGCUAUAUAUCUAG